ACCUUUUCGUUCACGGUAGCGGAUUAUUAGUUUUAAUUUUGCAGGAGUAAAUCCUCUUCAUUUGAAGGAUGGCUGUUAGCGUGACUGUUAGCCUAGCGUGCUAAUCCGUCCAGCAGAACUGAACAAACUCUCAACAUCCGACUUCUGCACACCGUAAAAGAUGGCGCCCGGAACCGACGAUCCUCGUAAACUCUUCAUCCUGACCACAGCAGGGAAUUACUUCAGCUUGGACACUGCAUCAUCUCUGUCCUCCUGCCGUCCACUUGAUAACUUCUUAGACGACGGGAAUGAGUUUCUUCUCGCUGUCACCAGACAAUCAGAAGAGCUCCAGUUCUCUAACAAGCUGGAAAAUAUGGACGGUGACGGCCGAGUUCUGGUGUUCUUCAAGCCUCAUCCGUGUGUGGUCUCGGAGGAGAACCUUCAGCGUUGCGUCCUGGUGUCCUCCAUGUUGGAGUCUCCCAUCAGUACCCUUUAUCAGGCCCUGCGUCAGGUCUACAGCCCCAUGCUGCUGCAGGAUGAUAAAUGGAGUCAGUCAUUCGAUUCAAAGCUUCAAUCUCUGCUCAGCGAUCUUGAAAUCGGACUGGGCUCUGUGCUUAGAAACUCAGACACAAAGGGUUCUGGGAAACGCAGUAAUUCGGAGAUGGAUGUGUCAAAUAUCAUGACUCCUCUAGAUGAAUUUAGCUUCUGGGCUGAUGUCAGUCACUCUGGACAGAAGAGCAGUGAGAGAGACAGAGCGGCACACUUCUGUGAGCUCUUCACCACCAUUGAGAAGGACUACAGUAACCUGGACAGUUUCAGUCUGGUGGAAGUACUGGACCUGAUUGAGAACACGCGUGAGACAGUAGACGAUGUGUGGAAGCAAAAUGAGCACACGCCUUAUCCCGAGACACGCAUGAUCAGACUCAUGGAUGUCAUAGGUGGAGCUCUCGGCAGGUUUGUUCAGAGGAAACUUGGUGAACUGCGCUUGUGGGAGGAUCCUUAUUUCACAGUGAGGGAGGGGCUUAAAGGGGGUGUGGCUGUGUGUGAGCAGUGGGUUGCGGCCUGUGAACACCUGACCGGUCAGGUGUGGAAACGCUACGCCCCUCAUCAGUGGACUGGAGAGAAGCACCGCCCACAGGGACUACAGAGCCUUGCACUGCGAUUGAAGGAGGUGGUGCAGGUCCGAUCUGUGUGUGAGAAGCUGCAGCGUUUGCUGUCUGGAGGGAAACAGCAGGUUUCAGCUGCACGUGUGUAUCAGCCAUUCACAGGUCUCAACCCAAUACACUACAACCCUUAUACUGAGCCCUUAUGGAGAGCUGCAGUGUCUCAGUUUGAUCGGCUCAUCGCUCCAGCAGAACAGGAAGCAGCUGGAAAGCUCAAGACCUUCAUAAUAGACGCGCAGGACAGUCCACAGCAGCUGCUGCAGGUGUUUCAGAAACACAGAGAUCUGAUCAGACGAGCCACGAUUAGCAAAGAACUGCAGCCUGAGAGAGAAACACUCCUCACACGCCUGCUGGACUACAACAGGGGACUGCGGGCAGAUUUUGAGAGCCGGUGUCACGGUACUCCAGGAGAGAAAACCGGCCCUCUAGCUGGAAGAAACCUUCCUGAGGUGGUCAACAAUAUUGUGUGGGUCAGACAGCUGCUGCUUAAGGUGGAGGACUCUCUGAAGAUGGCGGAUGCGCUGCUCUCUGAUCUGUCUGGGUUUCAGCCACUGCUUCGUUUCUCAGAUGAUCUGCAGGAGCAGCUGAGGUCUUAUGAGCAGGAGCAGUUUGAAGACUGGACCAGAGACCUGCUGUCAGGACUCUCUGAUCCCAAAUCUGGAAUCAGUUUGCAGGCCAGUAACCGUGUGAUGGAGUUGGACCACAUGGACGGGAAGCUGAGGAUCCAGUACUCGGACCGGCUGGUGAGUUUACUCCGAGAGGUACGGCAGCUCUCGGCUCUGGGCUUCACCAUCCCUGCAAAGAUCCAGCAGGCGGCAAACACGGCAGAGAAGUUCUACAGACAAGCCAUCAUCCUCAAACAGGUGGCUCAUUUCUACAACACCAUUGAUCAGCAGAUGAUCCCUUCUCAACGUCCCAUGAUGCUCAGCUGUGCUCUGGCCUUUGAACAGGUCAUCAAGCAGAAUCCUCGCUCUCAGUCUCGAGAUGAAGGUGGAAAGCUCCAGAUGACGUGGGAGAAUCCGAAAGAGCUGGAGCAGUACAUCAGCAAACUGCAGAGCGCCGCUGAGAGACUCUCCACAGAGAACCGCAAACUCAGAAAGUGGCAUACAGACUUCACUGACAAGGUGGUGUGUUUGAUGGGAGUGGAUCUGUUGCGUCAGCAGCAGAGAUGGAAAGAUGGUCUUCAGGAUCUCAGGGCUGGAUUUGCCACACUGGAGUCUCAGGGUUUUGGAGCAGGAGACAUGAGGGCCUGGCGGCAGCACUGGAACCAUCAGCUGUAUAAAGCUCUGGAGCAUCAGUAUCAGGUGGGACUGGAGGCCCUCAACAAGAACCUGCCGGAAAUCAACAUCGACCUCGUCUUCAAGCAGGGUCGUCUGCAGUUUCGUCCUGCGUUCGAGGAGGUCAGAGCCAAGUACUACCGUGAGAUGAAAAGGUUCAUCAGCAUCCCGAACCAGUUUAAGGGUGUAAGUGAGACAGGCGAGGAGCCCAUAUUCACCCGCAUGAUCGAAUGCAACGCCAGUGGCUUUCUGACCAUCUUUAGCAAAGCAGAACAUCUCUUCAGUCGACUCGCACACCUGCUGGACAAGUUUAAGGAUUGGGUGGUUGUGGGACAGGUGGAUGUAGAUGUUCUGGUGGAGAAACAUCUUCACAGUGUUCAGGACUGGGAGAGGAACUUCAAAGCUCUCAAAGCCAAAGGAAAAGAGGCCGAGCGCCUGCCCAGCUCAGAGAAGGUGGACUGCAUCACAGUGAACUGUGAGCCUGUGCGAGUGUCUGUGGAUGAUCUGAUCCAGAGGCUGUUUGAUGCCCUGCUGACGUCUCUCAGGAGAUCCAUACAGGGUCACAUUCAGGUGAUAGACUCGUUUGUAAACGGGGCGAUGGAGACAUUAUCUCUGCGCCCUGAGAGCAUCGAUGAGAUCGGAGAGGCUAAUGCCAAACACAGCCAAUUACAGACACAAAAACCUGAGGUUCUGCCUCAGUUCCAGCAGGCGGAGGAGAAGAACAGGCUGCUGCGCUCGGUGGCAGGUGGAGGUUUGGACACCAUCAGCUCCCUCAGAGCCAAAUGGGACAAAUUUGAGCUCAUGAUGGAGAGUCAUCAGCUCAUGAUCAGAGAACAGGUGGAGGUGAUGAAGGGGAACGUGGAGUCUCGUGUUCAGGUUUACCAGCAGGACCUGCAGAAGUUCAGAGCUCGCUGGGAUCAGCUCAAACCAGGAAAUGACAUCAUCGACUCUGGAGACCAUGAGGCUCUGCAGCGCUGCGUUCAGAUCAUCCGUGAGCGACGGGCCGAGUUCAGCGAGCUAGAAAACACACGCAUAAAACUCAUGGAGGACUGUGAACACUUCAAUCUGAGCUCUCCUGAUGGGACGCUGGCCUCAGACACGCUGCGGGACCUACAGGACUGUUCACAGAUGUGGGAGCUCUAUGAGGAGUUUCACAGCGGACUGGAGGAAAACGCACAGCACGACUGGAUUUCAUUCAGGAGUAAGACUCACGUGUUUGAGGAGUUUCUAUUUGCCUGGCAUGAUCGUCUGAGGAAGCUGGAGGAGCACAGCAGCAUGUCUGUCAAACUGCAGAAGGAAGUGGACAGAUAUAAGGCUGUGGUUCCAGUGCUGAAGUAUGUGCGAGGUGAGCAUCUCUCUCAGGAACACUGGCUGGAUCUGUUCCGACUCAUUUCUCUGCCCAGGGGAUCCACACUGGAGACACUUCAGUUCAGAGACCUGCUCAGAGUGGCAGAUAACAUCAUAGACAAAACUCUGGAGCUCAAGGAUCUGAACAGUCGUGCUCAGGCCGAGGUCUCCAUCCGUGAGGCUCUACGAGAGCUGGAGCUUUGGGCCGCCGGCGCCAGCUUCACCCUCACAGACUACACAGACACUCAGGGCUGCUCUCUGCCCGUCAUCAAGGACUGGAGGGACGUGGUCAACCAGGUGGGAGACAACCGCUGUCUCCUUCAGUCGCUCAAAGACUCGCCAUAUUACCUGCGCUUCCAGGACAAAGUGUCUCUGUGGGAAACACGGCUGGCUGACCUUGACGAGUACCUGCACAACCUCAACACCAUCCAGAGGAAGUGGGUCUACCUGCAACCCAUAUUUGGUCGAGGGGCGUUGCCAAGGGAACAGGCCCGCUUUCAGAGGGUGGACCAGGACUUCAGGGCCAUCAUGUCAGACGUUCAGAGGGACAGCAGGGUCGUGUCUCUCACCACUCGAGCAGGAAUCAGGAACUCUCUGGUCACCAUCCUGGACCAGUUACAGCGCUGCCAGAAAUCCCUCAACGAGUUCCUGGAGGAGAAGCGUUCUGCAUUUCCUCGAUUUUACUUCAUCGGAGAUGAUGAUCUGCUGGAGAUUCUGGGACAGGCCACAAACCCUACUGUCAUACACACACACCUCAAGAAACUUUUUGCAGGCAUCAGCAGUGUGGAGUUUGAUCAGAGUUUUCAGAGCAUCACAGCCAUGAGGUCACUGGAGGGCGAAACGGUGCCGCUCAUCAACACCAUCAGCAUCUCCAACGACGUCGAGGUUUGGCUGAGCGCUCUGUCUGCAGAGAUGAAAAACACCCUCAAACAUCUUCUGUGUGAGUGUGUGAAUUCUGGAAAGAAAGGAAAUGUGGAUCCCACACGCUUCCCUUCUCAGGUUCUGUGUCUGGCAGAGCAGAUUGAGUUCACAGCUGCUGUGGAGAUCAGCAUCCGGCAGCAGAACCUCCAUCAGCUGGAGCAGCAGCUCACAGCCAAACUGGAGAACUACACCAGUGUGGACACCAGCACUGACAACACCACAGAGUCACGUGUUCUGCAGAUGAAACUGAAGGCUCUGAUUCUGGACGUGAUCCACAACAUCUCAGUGGUGCAGAGUCUGAGACAAGCCCAGAUUAACAGCACUGACGACUGGAUGUGGAAGAAACAGCUGCGCUUUUACCUGAACGCAGACCAGAGCUGCUCCAUACAGAUGGUGGACGCAGAGUUCAGAUACACAUAUGAGUACCAGGGUAAUGCUGCAAAACUGGUCCACACACCACUGACGGAUAAGUGCUAUCUGACCCUCACGCAGGCCAUGAAGAUGGGUUUGGGCGGAAAUCCUUACGGGCCUGCAGGAACUGGAAAAACAGAGUCGGUCAAAGCCCUGGGAGGAUUGUUCGGAAGACAAGUGCUGGUCUUUAACUGUGAUGAGGGUAUAGAUGUGAAGUCCAUGGGCCGGAUCUUCGUGGGUCUGGUGAAGUGUGGAGCGUGGGGUUGUUUUGAUGAGUUCAAUCGUCUAGAGGAGGCUGUUCUCUCUGCCGUCUCCAUGCAGAUCCAAGACAUCCAGAACUCACUGAAGAACCAUCGCUCCACCUGCCAGCUGCUCAAUAAAGAGGUGGAUUUGGACUCGAACUCAGGGAUCUUUAUCACUAUGAAUCCAGCGGGAAAAGGAUACGGAGGACGACAGAAGUUGCCGGAUAAUCUGAAGCAGCUCUUCCGACCGGUUGCCAUGACGAGUCCUGAUAAUGAGCUCAUCGCUGAGGUCAUCCUGUAUUCUGAGGGAUUUAAGGAAGGAAAGGCACUGGGACGGAAACUUGUGGCUAUAUUCAAUUUGGCCAGGGAGCUGUUGACGCCUCAGCAGCACUAUGACUGGGGUUUACGUGCACUGAAGACAGUUCUCAGAGGCUGUGGGAGUUUACUGCAGUUACAGAGACUGAACAACAACAACCCCUUGAAGGAGAGUGGAUUGGUGGUUCAGGCUUUGAGGUUGAACACCAUGUCGAAGCUGACGUUUGCUGACAGCUCUCGGUUUGAUGCUCUGGUCAGAGAUGUGUUUCCUGGAGUGGACUUUAAGGAUGUGGAGUACGAGACGCUCAAGUCUGCACUGCUGGCUGUGUAUGAAGAAGCACAUCUGGAGAUCAUACCCAGUCAGCUGAAGAAGGCGGUGGAGUUGUACGAGCAGCUCCGUCAGAGGAUGGGUGUGGUGGUGGUCGGGCCCAGCGGCGCAGGAAAGUCCACUCUCUGGCGGAUGCUGAGGGCGGCACUGGGAAAGACGGGGCGACUGGUCAAACAGUACACCAUGAACCCCAAAGCCAUGCCACGCCAGCAGCUCCUGGGACACAUCGACAUGGACACAAGAGAGUGGUCUGACGGGGUCUUGACAUCCUCCGCAAGACAGGUGGUGCGAGAGCCUCAGGAGGUGAGCUCCUGGAUUAUAUGUGAUGGAGACAUUGAUCCUGAGUGGAUUGAGUCCUUAAACUCUGUCCUGGAUGAUAACCGCUUACUGACCAUGCCCAGUGGUGAGAGGAUUCAGUUUGGCCCCAACGUCAACUUCCUGUUCGAGACCCACGAUCUGAGCUGCGCUUCACCAGCCACCAUCUCCCGCAUGGGCAUGAUCUUCCUCAGUGAUGAAGACACUGAUGUUGGCUCUCUGGUGAAGUCGUGGCUGAAGCGUGAGGAUGAGGACUGCAGGAUGAAUCUGGAGAACUGGCUCAAUGAUUAUUUCCACAGAGCUCUGGAGUGGGUCCUCAAACAGAGUGAUUUUGUGGUGGACACCAGUCUGGUUGGGACAGUGCUGAACGGUUUGUCUCAUCUGAGUGGUGUCAGGGAGAGAGGAGAGUUCAUCGUUGGCCUCAUCCGCGGUUUAGGAGGAAACCUCACACUCAGAUGCCGACAGGACUUCGCCAAGGAGGUUCUGAGCUGGGCGAGAGAAAGCCCUCCUGACCCCCGGAAGCCUCUGGACACAUACUAUGAUCCAGCGUCUGGUCGUCUGUGUGUGUAUGAGCUGCAAAGAGGAGAGAGUGUGUGUGAGGAGGAGCUCAGUGACCCUCACAAUUUGCCAGUCAUUCACACACCGGACACACAGCGCAGCCUUCACAGCUUCAGCCCGUGGCUCUCGGCCAAUCACAGACAGCCAUUCCUGCUGGUGGGACCUGAGGGAUGUGGGAAAGGGAUGCUCCUGCGCUGUGCGUUCUCUCAGCUUCGCUCCACUCAGGUGUCUGUGGUUCACUGCAGCGCUCAGACCUCCUCUCGUCACGUCCUGCAGAAGCUCCAGCACACGUGUCUGCUCAUCAGCUCCAACACGGGCCGCGUCUACCGGCCCAAAGACUGCGAGAGGCUGCUGCUCUACCUCAAAGACAUCAACCUACCCAAACCUGACAAAUGGGGCACCAGCAACCUCAUCGCCUUCCUGCAGCAGGUGUUGACGUAUCAGGGCUUCUAUGAUGAGAAUCUGGAGUGGGUCGGGCUGGAGAAUAUUCAGAUCGUGGCCUCCAUGUCAGCAGGUGGAGCGGUGGGACGACACACACUCACCUCACGCUUCACCUCUAUUGUUCGCAUCUGCACUAUUGAUUAUCCUGACAGAGAGCAGCUGCAGACCAUCUAUAGUGCGUACCUGAAACCUGUGCUGCAGAGGACUCUGGGCAAUGAUCCCACAUGGAGCUCUUCAGGAAAGAUCCACCAGCUCGCCGGCUCAUUGGUGCAGGUCUACGAGCAGGUGAAGGCUAAAUUCUCAGUGGAUGAUCACAGUCAUUACCUGUUCACUCCAUGUUUACUCACAGAGUGGGUCCUGAAUCUGCUGCGGUACGACCUGAGCGCAGGUAAAUCCGCUGUGGACUCAGUGCUGGAGGUGGUUGUGUAUGAAGCUCGCCGGCUGUUCAGGGAUCGCAUCGUUUCCUCUAAAGAUCUGAACGUGUUCGAUAACAUCCUGUCCUCCGUCAUCAGGGGCGACUGGGGCUCUGACACACUCGACAACAUGACAGAUGUAUAUUUUGUGACGUGGGCUGCGUCUCAUGAAGGACGUUCCCCUGGUCAACCUCUUCCACCCCAUGGCAGAAAACUGGCACGUCUGAACGCCAGUGACCUCAGUGAGAUCAUACACAAGGGAAUCGUCCUGUAUGGUCGUGAUAACCGUGAGCUGGAUAUCCUGCUGUUUCCUGAAGUUCUGGACUACAUGUCCCGAGUGGACCGUGUUUUGACCUCUCCAGGCGGUUCGUUGCUGCUAGCGGGUCGUAGCGGUGUCGGUCGGCGUACAGCUACAUGUGUGGUCAGCCACAUGCACGGAGCCACUCUCUUCACACCCAAAAUCUCCCGCUCGUACUCGCUCAAACACUUCAAAUCUGACCUGAAAACUGUCAUGCAUUCGGCCGCUGUGGAUGGACAGCAGGUGGUUUUGCUGUUAGAAGAUCAUCAGUUUGUUCAUCCUUCCUUUCUGGAGAUGGUCAACAGUCUGCUGUCCUCAGGUGAAGUUCCUGGCUUGUACUCCACUGAAGAGCUGGAGCCUUUGCUGGGGUCUCUGAAAGAUCAGGCGUCACAGGAUGGCUUCACCGGGCCAGUUCUCAACUAUUUCUCACACCGCGUUCAGCAGAACCUCCAUGUGGUUUUGAUCAUGGACUGCACUAACGAACACUUCACCAUUAACUGUGAGAGUAACCCUGCACUCUACAGGAAGUGCUCAGUGCAGUGGAUGGAGAACUGGAGCGACAGCAGCAUGAAGAAGAUCCCAGAGAUGCUGCUGUCCAGGAUUGAAGAAGACGAGAAAAAUGAAGACAAGCAGAGGAAGAAGAAGAAGUCUGCAUCAGUGCACGCAGAGCUCUAUCGCUCCUUCCUGGCGAUCCACGAGUCGUGUCGAGAGUUUGGAGCCACACCGAGUCAAUACCUGAACUUCCUGCAGGUCUACCAGUCCAUCUACAGCUCCAAACGCAAAGAGCUGACGCACAAACAACAGCACCUGCAGGCGGGCGUGGCCAAGCUGAACGAAGCAAAGGCAUUGGUGGAUGAGCUGAAGAGGCGGGCCGCCGAGCAGAGCAGUUUACUAAAGACCAAACAGGCCGAAGCAGACGCUGCUCUGCAGGAGAUCACAACCUCAAUGCAGAACGCCAGCGACCAGAAGACGGAGAUGGAGAGGAUCAAGGAGAGGAUGGCACACGAGGUCUCCAAGAUUGAAGAGCGCAAGAAGAAAAUCGAUGAGGAGCUGCGAGAGGUUCAGCCGCUGGUGGAUGAGGCGAAGCAGGCCGUGGGGAACAUUAAAUCCGAGUCUCUGUCUGAGAUCCGCUCGCUCCGCAUGCCGCCCGACGUCAUCCGAGACAUCCUGGAGGGAGUGCUGAGGCUCAUGGGAAUCUUCGACACGUCCUGGGUCAGCAUGAAGAGUUUCUUAGCCAAGCGGGGAGUGAGGGAGGAGAUCGCCACGUUUGACGCCAGAAACAUCACUCAUGAAAUCCGGCAGAGCGUGGAGGAGCUGCUGCACAGAAACAAGGCUUCCUUUGACCCCAAGAACGCCAAGCGAGCGAGUGCCGCCGCGGCUCCUCUGGCCGCCUGGGUGAAGGCUAACGUCCAGUACUCACAUGUGCUGGAGAAGAUCGAACCGCUGCAGACGGAGCACGCCGGACUGAUGGAAAACCUGCGCAAGACCGAGAACCGCAAGAACAGGCUGGAAAAGGAGCUGAACUCUGUGGGAGAGAAAGUUCUGGAGCUGAAGGAGAAGUUUCAGUGUCGUACGACUGAAGCCGCUAAACUGGAGUCUGAGGUGAGCCGUGCACAGGAGACCAUCAGUGCGGCUGAGAAACUCCUGCAGCAGCUGGAUGGAGAACACACACGCUGGACAGCACAGGUGGAUGAGAUCAGUGAGGAGCUGGACACUCUUCCUAAGAGAGCUCAACUCUCUGCUGCUUUCAUCACGUAUCUGCCUGCGGCUCCUGAGGACCAGCGGCGCAGCAGUCUAGACCACUGGAUGAGCAGCUCAGGACUGCAGAAAUUUGACCUGCGCCACUUCCUGUGUUCUGAGAGCGAGCAGCUGAUCUGGAAGAGUGAAGGUUUGCCGUCUGAUGACCUGUCCAUGGAGAACGCUCUGGUCAUCCUGCAGAGUGCUUCUUGUCCAUUCUUGAUCGAUCCGUCGUCUCGUGCAACAGAAUGGCUGCAAACUCACCUGAAAGCCCAUCGUCUGGAGGUCAUAAACCAACAGGAUGCUAACUUCAUGACAGUGCUGGAGUUAGCAGUGCGCUUUGGUAAAACUCUGAUCAUUCAGGAGAUGGACGGUGUUGAACCGGUGCUUUAUCCUCUGCUGCGGCGAGAUCUCAUUGCACAGGGGCCGCGAUACGUGGUGCAGAUUGGAGACAAAGUGAUGGACUAUAAUGAGGAUUUCCGUCUGUUUCUGGCAACCCGUAACCCCAGUCCCUUCAUCCCUCCUGACGCUGCGUCUGUCAUCACUGAGGUCAACUUCACCACCACCAGAGCUGGACUCAGAGGACAGCUGCUGGCGUUGACCAUCCAGCAGGAGAAACCAGAGCUGGAGAGCCAGAAAACCCAACUCCUGCAGCAGGAGGAGGAGAAGAAGAUCCAGCUCGCUCAGCUGGAGGAGUCACUGCUGGAGACUCUGGCUACAGCUCAGGGAAAUAUCCUGGAGAAUAAGGAGCUGAUCGAGUCUCUAAACCAGACGAAGGCCAGCAGUGCUCUGAUCCAGCAGUCCCUGAGCCAAUCCCACCGCCUGCAGACCUCCCUCGACCAGGAAAGAGACGCGUACCUGCCGCUAGCGGAGACGGCUAGCAAGAUGUAUUUCGUCAUUACAGAUCUGUCUAAGAUUAACAACAUGUACAGGUUCAGUCUGGCGUCAUUCCUGCGGCUGUUUCACCGAGCACUACAGACCAAACAGGAAAGUGAGAGCACUGAUGUGAGGAUCUCUGCGCUGGAGAGCAGCCUGAAGAACAUGGUGUAUGAGUAUAUCUGCCGCUCGCUCUUCAAGGCCGAUCAGUUGAUGUUUGCUCUGCACUUUGUGAAGGGAAUGAAUCCAGAGCUCUUCCAGGAGAACGAAUGGGAUGUUUUCACUGGCCUCAUUGUUGGAGAUAUGGUUCGGAAGACGGAUUCCCAGAAGUCUCUGCGAGAACAGUUUCCUUCUUGGAUUGAUCAGGAGAGACUGAUGGCAGUGGCUCUGCUCAAGAGCACAUUCCCAGUGCUGUAUCAGUCUCUCUGUCUUAGCGACGCAGACCUGUGGGUCUCCUUCUUACGCAGUUCCUGCUGCGAACAGGAAAUCCCACCUCCCAUUGCCAAGAAGAUCUCCCUAUUUCAGCAGAUGCUGGUGGUUCAGACGUUACGACCAGAUCGCUUACAGAGCGCCAUGGCUGUGUUCGCAUCACAAGCUUUGGGGAUGAAGGAGCUGUCUCCUCCUCCGCUGAAUCUGAAGCACCUCUAUGAAGAGACCCUGGAGACGGAGCCGGUCCUGCUCAUCAUCUCUGCAGGUGCAGAUCCCUCUCAGGAGCUCCAGGAGCUUGCCGGAAACAUUGUGGGCCGAGAAAACUACCAUGAGGUGGCGAUGGGUCAGGGUCAGGCUGAUGUGGCUCUGCAGGCUCUCAGAGAGUGUGUUCGCUCAGGUGAUUGGCUGUGCCUGAAGAACCUGCACCUGGUCACAGCAUGGCUCCCCCUGCUGGAGAAGGAGCUCAACAACAUGAAACCCAAAGCUGGUUUCAGGCUCUGGUUGACUGCUGAAGUGCAUCCCAAAUUCACUCCUAUACUGCUCCAGUCCAGCCUGAAGAUCACCUAUGAGGCUCCUCCAGGGCUGAAGAAGAACCUGAAGCGCACGUAUGAGACGUGGAGCGCGGAGCAGAUCAGUAAAGGUGGGCUUCUGGCUCGGGCUCAGUCUCUCUUCUGUCUGGCUUGGUUUCACGCCGUGUGUCAGGAGAGACGCAACUAUAUUCCACAGGGUUGGACGAAGUUUUAUGAGUUUUCUCUGUCAGAUCUGAGAGCCGGCUUCGAGAUCAUCGACCGUCUGUUUGAAGGCGGGAAGGCGUUUCAGUGGGACUUUGUGGACGGUCUCCUGGAGAACAUCUACGGCGGCCGCAUUGAUAACGUGUGUGACCUGCAUGUGCUGCGCUCGUACCUGCAGCAGUUCUUCAACGCUCAGCUCCUGUCACAGUCACGCAAGAAAACACAUGCCUUCCCUGCACAGAUACACCUGCCCAACUCCUGCAGUAUAGCGGAUUAUCGUGUGGUGGUGGAUUCUCUUCCUGAGGACGACAGACCCAGUUUCUUCGGCCUGCCUGCAAACAUCGAGCGCUCUUCACAGAGGAUCAUCAGUUCUCAGGUGAUCUCUCAGCUGAGGAUUCUGAGCAGACCUGUAGCAGCAGGAUCUAAGUUCGACAGAGAGCUCUGGUCUAGUGCGCUCUCACCUGUGCUCAACCUGUGGAAACGGCUCAACCAGGGUUCAUCGUUAAUCCAUCAGAAGGUGACUUUACCCAGCGAGAAUGUCGGCUCUCCUGUUCUCUCAUUCGUCCAGCUGGAGCAGUUUAAUGCCGUGCGAUUGGUCCAGAGCAUUCACCAAUCGCUGGCCUCGCUCAGUAAGGUAAUUCGAGGCACGUCCCUCCUGACGGCUGAUGUACACAAACUGGCAACUGCACUCCUGAACCAAGAGUGUCCGUUGAGUUGGCAGAAUAAAUGGGAAGGCCCUGAAGACCCGAUGCAGUAUCUGCGAGCCGUGGUUUCCAGAGCACUCGCCAUUCAGGGAUGGGUGGAGAGGGCAGAGAGAGGUGGACUGCUGUCGGAAAUGCUGGAUCUGUCAGAGCUUUUCCACCCAGACACUUUCCUGAACGCCCUGAGACAGGAGACCGCCAGGUUGAUGAGCUGCUCUAUGGACAGUCUGAAGUUUGUUACUACAUGGAGAGGUCAGAUCACUGAAGCCAAACUACAAGUGAAGGUUGGGGGUUUGCAGUUGGAGGGUUGUAGUUUUGAUGGAAACCGUCUAUCUGAGAGCCAUCAUGACUCUCCCAGUGUGUCCUCCGUUCCUCCAUGCCACAUGGCCUGGAUCCCACAGAGCGCUGUGGGCUGUUAUUCUCCAGACGAGUGUAUCUCUCUGCCGGUGUACAGCAGUGCUGAACGUGUGUGUGUGGUGACAAACGUACAGCUGCCAUGUGCUGGAGAUCAUGACACGUGGAUCCAAAGCGGAGCGGCUCUCUUCCUAAAACAGCAGUAACACACACACACACACACACACACUCUCUUUAUACUGACAUUAGAAUCACUUUAGAUGUUUCUGAUGGUCUUGGUCUUCAUAUGAUGGUGUUUUGCUGCAUUACAGCGGCUGUGAGACUGUAGUUUUAUUCAGUCUUUUAUUCUGCAGAUAUUUAUAUGAUCAAAUAAAAGAUUUAUC